AUGGAUUCUGAUGAACGACUUGAUACUUUUCGCCAAUCGAAUACCAUGUCAAUGGAACAAACUUUGACAGCACCAUUGAGUAAUACAACUGAUUUUCUUGGAGUUGGCAAUGACCUUGGUCAAACAACUGUCAACUACGAACAAAUACUAGAUGAAUCUUCACGAGAAUUACUUAAAUUUGGUUUUAAAAAAGUAUCUAAAAAAAAUGAUUAUAUUCGUAUAGAAGAAAUUGGUGAUGCAUUUCGUCAUUCAGGUCAAAAUCCACCAGAAGAUGUUAUUAAAGAUAUGAUUGAAAAAGCUAAAACACUUAAAACAUCAGUUCAACAUGAUGAGGACGAAGAUUACCAACCCGACGAUCAUUUAUCAUUUGCUGAUUUUCUGACAGUUGUUCAUGAAUAUUGGAUACCACCUGAAGAAGAUAAAGAAAAAUUGCAAGAAGCAUUUGAUACACUUGAUCCACAAAACAAAUCUAAAUUAAUGGUUGAUGAGUUUGUAGAUUUACUUAAAAAUUGUGAUUGGCCAGAAGAAGAAAUUCAAUUAAUUUUAUCACAAGUUAGCUGUGCUGAUGGUUAUUUUCUUCAUGAUGAUUUACAAAAAAUACUUUUAACUCCAGUCGAAUUACCGAAGAAAAAAUCAGGAAAAACAAAAAAGAAAAAAUAA